AUGCAACAGAUGCUCCACCCUAUGCCUCGAGUCUCACCAUCUAACAAGGCGAGAACCGCUUUAUUAUUGUUUAACUUCUUCCACCCAUGUUUGAUGCUAACCGAACCAGUACUGUACCAGCGAAUGAAAGACUAUAUGGGGGGCAUGAACGAGAGGGUACGGGACACAUGGAUACCGCUGAUUGGCUAACUAUUGGAGAGAGACAAAUUGGAUAAGAGUAUGCAAGACACUGUCACUCAAAGUAUUCCUCAAGCGAUGGUAAAACAGGAGCCUAGAACUACACAACUCAAACCAGGAAUCAUAUUCGAAGCUGCAGGAAAGCUCUUGCUAUUGGAGGACCUUUUAAACGCCACCAACGUCAAUGCCAUACAUUUAGCCAAUGGGAUACUGUUACAAGUUGCUACCAAACACGGGCAGCUAUCAAUCAUCAAGCUCCUCUUCCGCUGUGGGGCCAUGCUGGACGUGAGGGACGGCGAGGGUUGGACACCCCUGCACAGGGAAGCCUUCAGUGGUAAGGUAGCCAGGGCCCUAAUCAAGGCUGGGGCCCCCAUCUACGCCCUGGAUAAACACUCUAUGACUGCCCUCCACCUGGCUGCCAAGAAUGACCACCUUAGUAUAGACAAAGCCCUAGUGGAGGAAGAGAGAGAAGGAACCAGCAAGAGCUCAAACAAUCUGACCCAGACUCAAGGGUCAUUCCUCCAUCUUGCAGCCAGGGAAGAUGACUAGAAGAUGGUUGAGGUACUCCUCCAGAGUGGGGCCCCUGUGGAUAACCAUAAGAUAACGCCCUAUUCCAUGUGUGUGUACACCCUUGUUUCUGCUCUGUUCUCUGCUGUGAGGAAGAACCUGGAUGGGGUUGUAACUGCUCUGGUGGACAGUGGGGAAGAUGUCGACAUUGUGCACACUCUGCUGAUGUCAGCUGACCUGGGACACACUGAGACAUUCAGAGUGCUAGCUGCCAAACAGUCCAGUGUGGGUGCUACCCUCCACCUCUCCUCAGCCCAACACCUGGCUAGCCAGAGUGGGAGUGAGGUCAUAACCCAGACCCUGCUGUAG